UGAAAUUGAAGGUUCUCCCUUACAUACCCAGCUCUGGUUGGCCUACCAUCCCGGAACAGGCGUUAACUCCAGGCUGUAGCAAGAUGGCGUCCUUGGAUCGAGUGAAGGUACUGGUAUUGGGAGACUCAGGUGUUGGAAAAUCUUCACUGGUUCAUCUUCUGUGUCAAAAUCAAGUCCUGGGAAAUCCGUCAUGGACUGUGGGCUGCUCAGUAGAUGUCAGAGUCCAUGACUACAAAGAAGGAACCCCAGAAGAGAAGACCUACUAUAUAGAAUUAUGGGAUGUUGGAGGCUCUGUGGGCAGUGCCAGCAGUGUGAAAAGCACAAGAGCAGUGUUCUACAACUCUGUAAAUGGUAUUAUUUUAGUACAUGACUUAACAAAUAAGAAGUCAUCCCAAAACUUGUAUCGUUGGUCAUUGGAAGCUCUCAACAGGGAUUUGGUGCCAACUGGAGUAUUGGUAACAAAUGGGGAUUAUGACCGGGAACAGUUUGCUGAUAACCAGAUCCCACUGUUGGUAAUAGGGACUAAACUGGAUCAGAUUCAUGAAACCAAGCGCCAUGAAGUUUUAACUAGAACUGCUUUCCUGGCUGAAGAUUUCAAUGCAGAAGAAAUUAAUUUGGAUUGCACAAAUCCACGGUACUUAGCUGCAGGUUCUUCCAAUGCUGUCAAGCUCAGUAGGUUUUUUGAUAAGGUCAUAGAGAAGAGAUACUUUCUAAGAGAAGGUAAUCAGAUUCCAGGCUUUCCUGACCGGAAGAGGUUUGGGGGAGGAACAUUAAAAAGCCUUCAUUAUGACUGAAUUACGCUCAUCGUCUGGAAGAGUGAGCAAGCGGUGACAUUGUGCACAGCUUCCUUCUUGCCGUGUUGACUAGUAAUGUUUCAGCCUUUUUGCAGAAUCAUCUUAAAAUACCACCACCCUUCAGCCUCACCCUUUAAUGGAAAGCUGAAAGGAAGUGACUGUGUGGGAGGUCCAAACUUUGUCCCCGUCCUCUCUGUUCCUCACCUUUCUGUCCCUGUUUAUAGAUUAUGUAAAAGCCUUGUGGAAAUAUGAGAUGUUGUCAAAAUGAUGCAGUAAAUGAGCAAUGACAGAGUGCUGCGGAGGAAAUUUACUCUUCCCAGAACUGGAAGGUUUUUAUGGAUCUGUAAUUUUCCCACAUUCCUUGCUGGAGGCUUAAUUAAGUACUUCAAAAUGUAUCUGUGUUGUAUUACCCUCUUGAGGGGAAAGGUUAUGUUAGCCAGUCCUGGGUCGUGCACCCCAGUCUCUGUCAUUUUCAAAGAAGCAAAAGGGUGUUAUUUAAUUGUGUCCCCUCUCAUCACACACAGGAUGCCUAAGAAUAGCAGCCCUUGUUUCCCUCUCCUCUCCUUUGCAAGAGGUUCAGUGGCUAGAAGAGGCGGACUCCUAGGUGGAGUUAAAUAUAAAUAGAUUAAUAAUACAUAGAGAACGGCGGUACCAGAAAAGAAGACUUCUCCGAGAAAUGGAGAGCUCACUAAAUCCUUCACUCUAGGUUCCAGAUGUCUGCACUGUCUUACUGUUUUUCAUUUGGAAAUAGGUAGGGUGAGAUCUCAGACCUUCACGAGGGCAGCAAGAGAGAUUUAUAGCCUCCUGGGUUUCUGUGUUUUUUAAGGAAAAGUCAGCUCCUGAAAUGUCUCUUAACUGUAGUCAGUAAACUAAGAAUAUUAUUCUCUGUGUCAACAAUGUAUUUAUGGAGAGAAGUAAAAAUAAGUUCCACAGCAACACAUUUACAUGAAUUAUGGACUAGGAUUCUUAGAUUUCAUAAUCCACCGUUUUUGAGGAUGGUGGUGUAUGUGUGCGUAUGCAUAAUUGUUCAUCGUUACUUUUUUUACCCAUUUUUUCUGCUUGUUUAAUUCUCUCUGCCCUGGUUCUUCUUUAAUAUAGAGACCUCGUUUCCAAAAACUGCAAUUUGCUGCCUUAUUCAACACCCAUUUUCCUGCUCUGGCUCUGCGGCAGGUCUUUGCACUGCUGAUUUUGUUCCAUAUUAAAACAAACUAAUAAGCACACAAUUUCAGCUUCUCAUUUUAAAACUAGGCAAAAAACACUAAAUUCGCUUUCUCUUCCAUCUUAAUUACAUUUCAGAAGUACUUUGGAAAUCAAGGUAUGCUAAAAGAGGAUCUUAGAAUAAGAAUGUUAGCCAAUGCUUUUAGUAAGGCAGUUAGAGGAAUUUGGAAAAGGAUUUUUAAAGCACCUUUCAUCAGCUAGAAUAUUCUCCAGUCUUUCUUCCCAUCCUCAGAUUUUGUUCCCAUCCUUUCUUCCCAUCCACAAGAUUUAGCCCUCAUUUCUUUUUUCACACAAAGGAGAGCUAUGCAAAUCAGGCUCUGUAUGUGGAGUUUGGCACAAGCCUGUUGUGACAGGCUGUGCAGGUAGGAAGCAGAAAGCAAAUGCACACACAAGGACCUGAACCAACUAAAGCUCUUUGUAUUCCUCUUUUAGAAAAUAAAUUCAAAAAAAUUAUACUUACAUUAUGAAAAAAUAAAAUACAACAAUACAAAAGCAAAAAUUACUAUAUAACCCUUUCCUUCUCUCCCGCUUUCUUCCUCUUUCUUGCCCCUAAUUAAAAAAAUCUAUCUCAAUUUCUUUAUUUUCUCCCUUAUUAAAAAAUAAAAGUAACCCAUCACUGAUGGCUUCAGGGUCAGCCUUGAAAACUUAAUGGUACUCCUCAACUCCAUUUCUUCUUGCUGUCAGGCUUGACUCCCUGGAUUAUAGUUUUCUGAGAAAAAAUUAUUUUUAAUCUAAGGUAAAUUUGCUGCAAGUAUUAGUAGCAGCAAAACAAGGCUGUUUGCCAAAAUGAAUGUAAUUAUGUUAUUAGCCAAAGUUCUUCAAAAAGAAGCAUAAUUUUUGCUAAGAUCUCCUGAGACCUGCUCAUCAAAAUUGCUUUUGGAUAACGAACAAAUGUAAAUACUGAAAUACUUCCUGAAAAGUGUUAAUUAAAUCUUUAAUUUUCUUGAUGGAACAAGUGACUGGCAAUAGAGAAAGGUUUUUUUUUUCCUGUUGUGAUUCAGAUGUCUAACCAAUGUUGUUAUUUAUGGUGGAGGCAACCAGACGUGAAGGCAUAUGGUCACUCGUCUGUCCCUCAGAGGGUGGCAGGGCCCUUCGUUGGAAUCCAACUAAAGAUUUGGAUUGGCCUCUCCACGUCUGUGCUCUGAAAAGAAUUGCUGCUCCCAAAGGGGUCGAUCCAUAUCAGCUUUAUCUUGGGUUCUCAGAAGUCCCUAAACUUGAGGCAUCUAUGGCGGACUCCAAGUGCCUUGACACUGCCGUUGAUCUGUCCAUUCUGAAAAUGGACUAUGUGGAACUGAUGUGCUGGGCCAUCAGACUGAGAUGAAGAGCUCCUAAUUGCUGCCAUGACCAGAGCUUUCGAGUGGCCAUUUCAACAGUGUAUGCCGGAGCACCCAGCCUAGGGAGGACCUUCUGUGGGUUUUUAAUAAAUGUUGGUUUAAUUGAAAUUUUUAAAGCACGGGGUAGCAUCUAUUUUAAGAAGUUUGAAAGUCUAACAGGACGUCUGCAUUGAUUUAAUAUCUGUUAAAAUUCAGAGGAGGAUACUGUUUGGGGAGAAGGAGGAGAAAGAAAGAAAAAAUUCAUUCCUCUGUAGUCCCCAGACUGAGUUAAAUCACUGUGGUAGGAGAGGAAAUGUUCCAGGUGAUCUAGCCCUGAGAGAACGCUGAGCCUCUCAAAUAUUCCCUGGUAUGUUUGCCUGAGGCAAAACUGGAGUGGGAGCCUACCGAAAGGGGUCCGAUUUUCAGUUACUAUUAGCACCUCCAUGUAAAGACUCAAAGCAAUGGCUUUUAAACUCAAAUGUGCAUAAAAAUCCGCAGAAGUUUUUAAAAUGCAAAUCUUGGGAUUUCAUCUGCCCGCACUUGCCCAAUUCUGUGUACAUAGGAUAGCACCAGGAUUUUGUAUUUUUAACAGGCAAAACGGGUGAUUCUGAUGCAAAUAGUCCAGGAUCCACACUUUGGGAAAGAUAAUAAACUCAUAUCGCAAAGCAGAGAAUAUAUGGAAUGUAGACUCUCUACUUAAUGGCACCUUUACAGCUCAUCAAAAUUCACCUUGGGCUUCCUUUCCAUGAUCUCACCUUAAUGAACUGAGCCACUCAUCUCUUUCAAGGUUAUACAUGCCAUAGCAAUCAUGAAAUGAUUGUCACAUCCUCUAUCGGCAAGACAGGAGAUGAUUGUUUCUGAUGUACUGCUACCAUUUUUAUUACUACCAUGUUCUACAUUCCAGGUGUAUCUAUUUCUAAUAAGAUGCCUUGCCAUUUUAUCCACGGUCCUCUCGUGUACCACAUUUGUUUUCUCAGCUGGCUAAUCACUAAGCCUUACCAAGGCCAUCAGUAAAUACUGGGCAAAGACAAAACCCCUGAACUCCCAACAAAGAUGUAAAACCUUGCUCAGUCCCAUCAAGUAUAUCUAUCAGUUCCAUCUGUUUCUUGGAGACCCUCUAACUAUAACUCCAAAUCCAUCCUGAAGUGAUUGCUCUGCAGGCCUGUCACACUCCUUCGCAUUGCCCUGUAACAAUCCCCAGUUCCCAGGAUGUAAUGUUUUCCACUUUCUUGGUGUGGAUCAGUGGUCAUCCAACCGGGAUGGGUACAAAUAUCCCCUCCAAGAGGUACAUGGGCACAGAUAGUUUUAGGGGAAUCAUUUUCCAGGUCAUCAAUCUGCAUAUGUAUGUUAAAAUUGAUCAGCUUGUGAACACAGCUCGAUACCAGUUACUUCCCACCUGCGCGUGCUUUCACAAUCGUCCUUUUCCCACAACAGAAAAGAAACCUCUUACUUACGUAGGAAUAUGGUAGGAAUAUGGUAUAUUGCCCCAGAAUGUAAAUGUCUUAGGAUGCCAACAAAAGGACAAUUCUAAAUAUUAGUUUUAUUUAAGGAUUUUGUUCCACUCACACAAUUAUUAAAAAAAAAAAAAAAAAAAACUCAGAGCUCUCAAGGAAGAGUUCCUGAGAACAAACCAAAGAGAGUUUUGGUAAAUAUCCAAGGCUGCGGCACAUUCUUUCAUGGCAAGGCUUCUUGCUUGGUUUAUCAAAAUAUCAAAAUAACAUUUCUGUGACAAAUAAUUAUACAGGCGAAGGAGUAUAAAACUAAUAUUUAUUUUCCCAACCCUUUCUGAGUGAGUUAGAAAAGAUACAUCUAAGUGAAAGGGUAACAUUUAAUUAAAGUCAGUGAUUCCAAUAGCUGGGUAACCAAGCCUCUUCCAAUCAGGUUUCCAAUUAUUUCCUUGCAACAAAAUUAAAGAAGAACCUAACUCAGUUGUUGACAGGUCAUUAAAAAUGAUGUUUAAUAAUAGAUCAUUAUCUGAUUUUUGAUAUUUAAUUUAGAAGGAGAAGUGAUACUGUAACAAAAUUCCUUCCAUUCAUAUCUACUUACGUAUGACAAAUUUUCUUAACACAUUUGUGAAACCAAAAAAUAAGAUUAAAUGAUGCUGAAUCCUGUCUUAUUCCAGAAAUAAGAAUUACAAAUAAGAAUUAUUAAUUCAUGGGUAUAUGAACUAAGAGGAGAGACAUCACCUUAUUAAAAGAAGUAUUUCCAGAAAAAAUUUACCUUUUAUAUUUAUUAUUUAUCAAAAUAUAGGUUACUGUCCUAGAGAAGAAUCUUCCAGGCUCCCAGCUGGAGGGUAAAACACUUCCUGAUAGCAUUCUCUGGAAGUGCAGUGAAAGAAGGAGUCUGGAGCUUUCAUCAUCACUUCUUACACUUGGUUUUGGACCUACUCUCCACUCCCUGUUGCUUGUGAGUCAGGAACGUCUCUGACUUUUCUCCUGGAGCUUCUGUAGAGUGUAAAUCUAAUUUUACUAGAAUCUGGGAGAAGCAGAUACCUGUUGUCUCCAAUUCCUGGUCCUUUUCAAAUUCUCCACCUCAUAUGUUCCCUGUAUCGGUUCACUGAAUCUAUCCUCCUCUGCCUGGUUUUUAGCAUCUUUGUUCUUGUUGCUCACGACUUUGAUACUGUGACUCAGUUCUGGCUCAGGAUAUGUUUGCCUUGUCCCUACACAACCUGCUCUCUCCGCUGGGUGUCCUUUUGAAUGCUAAAAACCACACCCUGCCCAGAAGGCACCCCUCUUCCCCUGCUCCAGAUGUCUGCCAAAACUCUCCCCUUCCCAGUCUUCCCUCACUAGAUGCCUCCGUUCUGCCCUAAACACAGCUCUUAAAUGCACUUGCCCUUCCUCUUCUGUGUUUGCACACACUCUUUCCUCUGCUCAUGCCCUAUCCAACUCAUUCCGUGAGACUUGGCUCAGGUAUCAUCUCCUUUGGGAAGCCUUCCCUGCCCUCCUAUUCAGGACUAGGUGCCCCUCAAUCCCUCCAAUAGCACCCAGGCCCUUCCCUGUCACAGCAGGUAUGGUUCUCUGUUGUGAUGGCCUGUUCAUUUCAGUCUUCUCCAGCAUGCUGCUCUAGUAGAGAACAGGACUGAGUUAGUCUUUUUUGUAUAUCUGGCACAUAGCAGGUUCUCAAAAAUUGUAAAAUAAAGCAAUGAAUGUGUGGUUACAGUAACUAAAAUGGAAACCCAUCAGACACAGAAUGAGAUGGUUCCUGAGUUUUAUUUAUUCUCAUAUCCCCUGUAUGUAUAUAGCACAGUGUAUGGCACAUAGUAGUUAUACAAAGCAAAUACUUGUUUUAUUGCAUCACAAUUAUAAAAACAGAAAAAGGAAAUACAGUUAAGCCAGUUAGGAGAAAUCCAUAAAGUUUGGUGCUAGGUUAUUCAAUUUUCAAGCCCCUCAAAGUCAUUUUCAUGCAGUCAGGGAUCUGUGACCACUUUUUUACUCUUUCAGAAAUCUCCCACACCUUAGGAAAGAGCUUAAACACUCCUUAAAUCUGCCUUCACAACUGAUUCAGUGGAAAGAACAUAGGAAGUUUAUGGAAAAAUAAAGCAGUAAAGCUUUUCCCUUGUCUUUUAUUGACUCCCAUUCAUUUUUUUUUUUUUUCCCUUAACCACCAAAGACGAACUUGCAGGAUCGAUAGAUUUAAGACCCAAAGAACUCAUAAACUCAGAUGUAAGAAAUAUUUUUUCUUGAAUUCAUUUUUUAUUUUGAGUCUGCAUACUGCAGGAAUAACAAAAACAGCCUCAGGAAAACUGGGGCCUCCCCCAACACAUACCAUUUCCUCCAAGGUGUAUAUAAAUUCCGGGGAAACUUGCAUAGUACCACGAAGUCAUCUGUCUAUGCUGACAUCUGCUGAGAUGUCCUAUAACUGCCUGGAACUCAGGCAUCAAGCCACCCUGUUUGCUACCAACCUGUCAUUUGUUGCCUUAAUCUGGCCCCCUCCUUGCUAACGCCUCAUACACAGGCAAAUCAUUCUGCUGCUACCGCAGUAUGCUGGACCCUGGGGACCUCUGGAGGUAACUUAGACCCAUUUAUAUGGAGCAGAGGAUCUAAACUGGCAGCCCAUAACCUUCUCAAACCUGCAUGCAUGUUCUUGACAUUAUUGUAUCCGUUAUCUCCCACUGCCUAACAAACCACCCCAAAACUUAAUAGCAUAAAACACCCCAUUCUGUUUGCUUACAAUUCUAUGAGUCAGCAAUUUGGACUGGGCUUUGCUGGUGGUUCUCCUGCUGCUCUCACCUGGGAUCAUUCAUAUGUCUGUCAUUAUCCAGCAGACGCAUUGCCUCAUUCACACGUCUGGCAGUUAGUGCUGGACUAAUGCCCUAACCUCUCUCUUUGUGUGGUUUCUCAUUCUCAAGGGGACUAACCCAGCUUUUAGGCAUGGUAAUCUCAAGUAGUAAGAAAUGGACAAAUCCCAAGGCACAAGCACUUUUCAAGCCCCUGCUUGUGUUCUGUUUGCUCUUAACCAAUGUAAGAUUCAAGGAAGCAAGAAAAAGACUACAUCUUCUACUGGGAACACCAGCAACAACAACAUUACAAAAGAGCAAGCAUACAAGGAUGGGAGAAAAUUGUGGACAUUGUUGCAAUCUACCACAAUGGUUUUAUCUAUUCCUUCAUUCCUUUGUUCUAGUUGCCAAUGUUUAAAAAUUAGAGCUUCAUAUAGAAGUCUUAUCUUGAAAUGCCACCUAGCCUAUGUUUCCUGCCUGGUCUGUUGCAUUUAAGUUUGUGAUAAUAAAGCCUAGUUUACAAGA